UUUGUUUUUGUUUCUGACAGAUGAACCGGCAGCAGCAGUUUGACCCGCUGGUUUGGGUUCAUGUCUGGUUUGACCACAUCUGGAUCAGCUCAACAUCGCGGAGGUGACCCAAUAGCAGCAGAGGAUUCCACCUGUCUCAGCUGAACGUUGACCCUCCUCUGUCUGGUGCUGUGAGGAGGACAGUGAUCGUCCCUCAGGACACAGGGACUCAGUGUCUGGACCUUGUCUCCGCAGAGAUGAAGAGAGCUCUGUGGUUCGUGAUCACCGUCUAUGUCUCAGUGCCUGUGGUUCUCUACCUGUUCCCCUGGAUUCUGGGCCACAUCAUAUUCGCUCACUUGUUGAGGUUUCCAUUCUUCGCGGAUCUCAGCCGACCUGAAGACGUUGUGAACCACACAUGCAACUUCUACCUCGACACAGAGGAGGGGAUCUCAGUGGGAGUAUGGCAUACACUCCCUGCCAGCCAAUGGGACGAGGCCGCGGGGAAAAGCCCCGAGUGGCACCGGGAGACCCUGGGAGACGGCGAUCCUGUUAUUAUCUAUCUCCACGGAAACGCAGGGACCAGGGCGAUGAAUCACAGAGUAGCCAUGGUGAAGAUCUUAAGUGAAGCAGGGUAUCACGUCUUAUCUUUAGACUACAGGGGUUAUGGAGACUCCAGUGGGGAGCCAAGUGAAGCCGGACUGACCCACGACGCCCUCUACCUGUACCAGUGGGUAAAGACGCAGAACAGAGGGAGUCUCGUCUGCAUAUGGGGACACUCGCUCGGCUCCGGUGUGGCAACUAAUGCUGCGGUGAAACUACAAGAGCAAGGUUCUGCUGUUGAUGCUUUAAUCCUUGAGGGUCCAUUCACAAGCAUCGGAGAGGUCGUACUCACUCAUCCGGCCGCUAAGCUGUACAUGUUCCUCCCAGGGUUUGAGAGCUUGCUUUGGAACAUACUUGAAACUAACGAAAUAGUGUUUGCAAAUGACGAAAAUUUAAAGGUCUUGACCAGUCCUCUUCUUAUUCUGCACUCAGAGGACGACAAUAUUGUACCUUAUCACAUGGGUCUGAAGCUGCACCAGAUCUCACUCCAGACUCAGAAAGAACACAACACAGAUGUUCAGGUUGAGAUGAUCUCCUACAGCGCAAACCUCGGAUUCUCCCACAGCCGCAUCUACUUAGAUCCUAAUCUGUCCAAUGUGGUUAGGGGAUUUCUACAGAGGCUGAGAAAGUAGUGCGGCUCAAGAGAGAAGUGCGUUUUUUUUUUGUCGUUUUGUUGCUUCUGUACAUCUUUUUUUGCGAAAAGUGGGAAAAACUUGGAAUGAAAUUGAAAUAAAAGCACUUGAUGGGA